GCCCACCACUGCAAUCGUAUUUAAUCAAAUAUUUUAUGACUAAUCAGCUGAUAAUUAGUCAAGCGACCGGCAAUUUCACUUGGUUGGCCAAUUGAAUGAUGUAAACAUGUCUGAAUAUUACUGCGGCUACAACCCGCCGCCGCCGAACUUCAAAACCUUGUUUCCGGAAAUCAAGGACCGACUCCAGCGACUUCCCAAUUUUGGAAGAUUACGAUCAUCGUGGGAGAUCCACAGGCGACCGACCCUCGUAGUUCUUCAUGUGUUUGCGAAUGAUAUCGGAGCGCUGGAGAAAUGGAUAGAUAUGGUAUACCGACUAGCUGCCCCUGGGCUUCUUGGCGGCGAGAUGGACUUCUUCGUGGACGAUGUGUGGCAGUCGUUUAUCUUCAAUGAGGAUGACUUCAGCUUCUCUCGGAGUGACGAAGGAUGUACAGUGGACUCAUUUCCCCUGGCCGAUAAACUGAAACAGGAGUCAGUGCUUCUGUACAAGAUGGAUAUACAUGGAGCUAGUGUCCCAAAAAAGUUCCUCGUAGAGUCCCCACCCGCCUUCUUCUUCCUAAAGGGAAACCAAAAGCAUAAUCCCCUGAGAUGCAAAUAUAAGCUGGACAUGUGGACAAUGUUGAGAUUUAUAGCCGAAAAUUCCAGCGAGGAGCUUUGCUACUACAACCGUCGUGGAAAUCGAACACUCCAUGCUGAUUUGUUAAUCCAUAUAAAGGAUUAUUUUAAUUUAAGCAGGAAUAAGACCCGUUAUUAGUAGUGGGUAUAACUCUAAAACUCUAUAUAGUUCUUAAUGAAUAUCGUUAAUAAUAAAAAAUCAAUA